AUGGUUCGAAAAUUCUUAGGUCUGCCUGAACCGAAGGCCCCACCCAAACUCCCAGUGUUUAACAUGCCUCCAGAUAUAACGGCGUCCGACAUUACUCAGGAAGAAAUCACGCGAACCAUCAGUUCCAGCACCGUCCCCGUGCUGAAGGAUCACGAGGCUGAGAUGCCGCCCUUGCCCGAGAUGAAUGGCUUUGGAAGAUACCGAAUGGCUAAGAAUGCUUCGGACGAGCACCGCAUCAAUCACAUCCGUCGAACGACGUCCGAUCUCAGUAAGCCAAUGAUCGAUGAGAUUGCCCGCCUGAACCUCGUCGACCCCAGAAUCUUUCAAGAGGCUACCUCCGAGAGACCGAGUCCCGCCAGUUCCACAGCUUCUCCCCGUGGCGGAUUGCCUUACCCAACUGAAUAUAUCGACCGUCGCCGCGGCUCUCUCGUCCAGCGUGGUUUCUCACCAUCCACCAAUUCCUCUGCAUCUAGCUCGUUCCACGAUAGCAUGAUGAAGCGUCGAAAAGCCUCGAUGGCCUCAGUUUGCAGCAUAAGUAGCGAUGGCGAGAUCAAACAACGUCUCAAGAUGUCUCGACAGCCUUCAAUGGCAGUGAGUGAGACCGAAGCCAAUCCUCUGCACAACAUUACCCAAAAUCAAUUUACUAGGGAAAAAGCAGCUAGGCCUCGGACGCCAUGCUUGUUUGAUGAUGACAAUAUUGACAGUGCAGUGGCUUCAGAUGAUGAAGAGCCGGGAAACAAAGCCGGGACUAGCCGGAGAACUCCUAGCGCGCUGUUCGAGGGAGUCGAGUGCAAAAACCCUGGUACUGACCAAGCCGAAUCUUCUGUCGCUUGCCCGCGAACAGGCACCGGUGAAGCAACACAAUGGUCUCAGACACAUCACGGAGUCACCCAACAGGUUCGUCAAGGAAGACAUUCUGGCAGGGCAACGUCCCGGCGUGUCAUAACUACGAAGCAUGCCGCCAAUCGCGGAUCUCGUUCUAACAACCGCACGAGAGACCUUGCAGGUGACACAAGACAGCACGGGCUGCGUCGGGAGGCCGCGCACGCACCAAGAAUCCAGACGGCUAUCGAAGCCCCGCGUUCGCGCCGCUGCCCCAGCCGUCGGAGCCUCGCAAGCCAGCCCUCAGCAUGGGAGACCUAUCAGUCUGAGUCAUCAGAGAUGCUACAGCCGUCAAUUGACAGUACUGAAAAUGGCAAGACCAGCAUUAUCUUGGACGUUGACAGUACCCAUGAAGAAAUGAGACCCCCUCAGCUACACCAGAUUUGUGUCGAGGAGGGCGAUGAGCCGGCCGAUCUUGCUCUAUAUAUGGUCGAGCAUGUGGAAAGGGUCAGUGCGGAAGAAGAUAGAUCAUCCAUUCAUUCUGAUUCGACCACAAAGACCGCCAUACGGUGGACCAGCCAGAUAUACGGCAAGCUAUCAUCUGCAGUGCGUCGCGAUCGAUCAGCCACGGUUAUUUACCACCCUCCGGCAAUAUUACAGCAGGAGAUUGCUGAGAGGAGCACCCCCGACGCUGUUGAAUAG